CUUGUACUAACAAGCUUCGAUCUACCGCACCUAGUGAAACUUCAACGCCUGCCGUCGCUUGUACAACCCCACUUCACCCCACCAGUGACCACCCGCAAUAUCCGUCUUCACCACCACCACCAUAACACACAUCACCAACCAACGCAAUGCUCGCCCUCCGCCGCGCCCUCCCGCGUCUCGCCCUCAGUGUCCGGGCCAACAGCACCGCGGCGACCGCGCCGCCGCCGCUGCUGACGACGCUACGCACCGACCUCAAGACGGCGAUGCGGGCCAAGAACCAGAUCCAACUGUCGGUGCUGCGCAGCCUGUUGGCCGACAUCACGAACGCGCAGAAGACAGCGACGCCGCCGAACGACGACCUGGCGAUCCUGCAGAUCAUCAACAAGACGCGGCAGAAGAGUGCGGUGUCGAUCGACGAGGCUCGCAGCGUUGGCCGCGAGGACCUGGUCGAGAAGGAGCAGGCGCAGCUCUCCGUGCUCGACGAGUACGCAAAGCUAGUGGAUACCGUGGAUAAGGAGGAGGUCGUGAGCGUCGUCGAGACUGUGCUCGCGAAGCUGAAGAGCGAGGGCGCCAAGACCGCGAUGGGCGAUGUCAUCAAGGCCGUUGCUAAGGAGCUGGAGGGACGUCCGGUCGUCAGGUCGCUGGUGGCCGAGGCUGUAAAGGAGGCGCUGGCAAAGAAAUAGAUGCGCUCCCCCUCCCCCACGAAGAGAAGAAGAUGGUUGUAUGAUAUGAUGGAAGGUGGUGGGAAAAGCACUGUACAUUAUGGGUUACCUGGUCACUGCUGAAGCAAAU